CACCCCGUCCUUUCGGUCCCGGUGGCGGCAGGGCUGCGCUAGCGGCGGCCUCCUUCCAGCUCUCGGCGCCCGCGCUCCGGCUCUCCGCCCGCUCCGCUGCCCGCCGCGCCACCAUGACGGAACAGGCCAUCUCCUUCGCCAAGGACUUCCUGGCCGGGGGCAUCGCCGCCGCCAUCUCCAAGACGGCCGUGGCCCCGAUUGAGCGGGUCAAGCUGCUGCUGCAGGUGCAACAUGCCAGCAAGCAGAUCACGGCCGACAAGCAGUACAAAGGCAUCGUGGACUGCAUCGUCCGCAUCCCCAAGGAGCAGGGCGUCCUGUCCUUCUGGAGGGGCAACCUGGCCAACGUCAUCCGCUACUUCCCCACGCAAGCGCUCAACUUCGCCUUCAAGGAUAAGUACAAGCAGGUCUUUCUGGGGGGCGUGGAUAAGCACACCCAGUUCUGGAGGUACUUCGCCGGCAACCUGGCCUCCGGGGGCGCGGCCGGGGCCACCUCCCUCUGCUUCGUCUACCCGCUGGAUUUCGCCAGGACGCGCCUGGCGGCGGAUGUGGGCAAGUCGGGCACGGAGCGUGAGUUCAAGGGCCUGGGCGACUGCCUGGUGAAGAUCACCAAGUCCGACGGCGUGCGCGGCCUGUACCAGGGCUUCAGCGUGUCCGUGCAGGGCAUCAUCAUCUACCGGGCCGCCUACUUCGGGGUGUACGACACGGCCAAGGGCAUGCUGCCGGACCCCAAGAACACGCACAUCGUGGUGAGCUGGAUGAUCGCGCAGACUGUCACGGCCGUGGCCGGCGUGGUCUCCUACCCCUUCGACACGGUGCGGCGGCGCAUGAUGAUGCAGUCGGGGCGCAAAGGAGCCGACAUCAUGUAUUCGGGCACGGUGGACUGCUGGAGGAAGAUCUUCAAGGACGAGGGCGGCAAGGCCUUCUUCAAGGGCGCCUGGUCCAACGUGCUGCGGGGCAUGGGCGGGGCUUUCGUGCUGGUGCUCUACGACGAGCUGAAGAAGGUCAUCUAGGCCCCAGCGCGACCGGGGACCGGGGACCAGGGACCAGGGACCAGGGGCAGGAGCGCCCCACCGCUGCGGACCACGGACCUUCCGGGAUUUCCAGUCUCGUCCUGACCAGAGAGUGUCCACAGGGCUGGGGGCUCUGCAGGGGCGCCUUGGGGUCCCCUGGGACCACGGACUCCCCCUCCACGUGGCGCUUCGGGGUCGAGACGUCAUGCGGGUCCAGGGCCCGGCAGGUCCGCCAGGCAGACCUAGAGUCCAGAGACCCGGGACCGCCUCGUGUUGAGUAUUUAUUUACGCCAGAGAAUCAUGUCUGCAUUUGUACCUAAGCACUAGCUCCUCGCACAGCUGAGUCUUCGCAAUCAUGUUCCAUGUCGGGCAUUCCUGCUGCGAACAAUAAAACCGGUCACAGG